UAUCAUGAAAAAAGACUUUUACACGAUCUACUAGAUCCUUAUAAUACUCUAGAACGACCGGUGCUAAAUGAAUCAGAUCCUUUACAAUUAAGUUUUGGAUUAACAUUAAUGCAAAUAAUAGACGUGGAUGAAAAAAAUCAAUUGCUCGUUACGAACGUUUGGUUAAAACUGGAAUGGAAUGAUAUGAAUUUAAGAUGGAAUACAUCUGAAUAUGGUGGUGUUAAAGAUUUACGUAUACCACCACAUCGUAUAUGGAAACCUGAUGUACUUAUGUAUAAUAGUGCAGAUGAAGGUUUCGAUGGAACAUAUCAAACAAAUGUUGUUGUUCGUAGUAAUGGUUCCUGCCUUUAUGUACCACCUGGAAUAUUUAAAUCAACAUGUAAAAUCGAUAUAACAUGGUUUCCAUUUGAUGAUCAAAGAUGUGAAAUGAAAUUUGGUAGUUGGACAUAUGAUGGAUUUCAGCUCGAUUUACAGUUACAAGAUGAAGCUGGUGGUGAUAUUAGUAGUUAUGUUCUUAAUGGCGAAUGGGAAUUAUUAGGUGUUCCAGGCAAACGUAACGAAAUCUACUAUAACUGCUGUCCGGAACCAUAUAUUGAUAUAACAUUUGCCAUAAUAAUACGUCGUCGUACAUUAUAUUAUUUUUUCAACUUAAUUGUUCCAUGUGUUCUUAUUGCAUCAAUGGCCCUAUUGGGAUUUACACUGCCACCAGAUUCUGGAGAGAAAUUAUCAUUAGGUGUGACAAUACUUCUCUCACUUACUGUCUUCCUUAAUAUGGUGGCAGAAACAAUGCCAGCAACAUCUGAUGCUGUUCCGCUUUUAGGUACAUAUUUUAAUUGUAUUAUGUUCAUGGUAGCUUCAUCCGUUGUAUCAACAAUACUGAUAUUAAACUAUCAUCAUCGAAAUGCUGAUACACAUGAAAUGUCUGAAUGGAUUCGUGUCGUUUUUUUAUGCUGGCUACCAUGGUUACUACGAAUGAAUCGGCCGGGUAGACAUAUAUCAAUUAGUGAUUUUCCUCCAACUCCAUGUUCAGAUACAUCAUCCGAAAGAAAACAACAAAUACUUUCUGAUGUUGAACUUAAAGAGAGGUCAUCAAAGUCAUUAUUAGCGAACGUACUCGAUAUAGACGAUGAUUUUCGACAUAAUUGUAGACCAUUAACCCCAGGAGGAACACUGCCACAUAAUCCAGCUUUUUAUAGGACUGUUCAAGGUGAUGACGGUAGUAUUGGACCUAUAGGUAGCACUCGUAUGCCAGACGCAGUUACUCAACACACUUGUAUAAAAUCAUCAACAGACUACGAAUUAGGAUUAAUUUUAAAAGAAAUUCGAUUUAUAACCGAUCAGCUCCGUAAGGAAGACGAAGAUAAUGAUAUAGCCAAUGAUUGGAAAUUUGCAGCUAUGGUCGUUGACAGACUGUGCCUUAUCAUAUUCACAAUGUUCACAAUAUUAGCCACAAUAGCUGUACUAUUUUCAGCACCACAUAUUAUUGUCUCGUAGCCAUAUGAGAGAGGUUAUUGUUAUUGGUUUUAUCAUAAAAUCAAUUUGUUAAUUAUUAAAUUAAUAUCGAAAGUUUUUAAAUAAAUUAAAAUUUAAAUAAUUUAAAAAUUGAAAUAAAAAACAAAUAAAACAAAUUAUUACUAAAACAUCAUAAAAACAAAAAAGUUAAAAACAAAAACUAAUAACUUUAAAGUAUAAAUAUCAAAAAGAGAAUGAAGAAAAAGAACGAAUACAGAAAGAAAGAAAAAUUUAAUUUAAUUUUAAAAAUAUUUUGAUGAUUAAAAUUAUAAAAAAAAAAAUACAAAAAACACAUUCACAAAAAUAUAAAAAAAAUAAUUUCUUAAAAUACGUGCAUGCAUAGUAAAUUUUUAGAUUCAAAACAAAAAAAAGAAAAUAUUGCAAUUGCAUAUUCCAAAAGAUCUCAAAUAGCGAACGUUAAAUUUUUAAAUACACUCACACAACACACACAAAAAGCUUAUAAAUAAAAUUUUCUCUUAAAUUUUCAAAUUUUAAUUGUAAUUAUAAUUGAAAAUUCACAACAAAAAAAAACUAUUAAUUUUAAAAUGUAAUUUGAAUUGAUUCAAUUCAAAAUAUAUUUAAAUUUCUUAAUAUAAAAAAUUAAUAAAAAAUAUUUAAAAUUAUUCGCGAGAAAAAACACACAAUAACAACAAUUCAAAUACAAAAAUUUACAAACUAAAAAGUAAAAUCGUAUGCAUUUAAAAAUAUAAAAAUGCAUUGUAUAAAAACGGACAGCAGCAGAGCAACAAAAACUAAAAGAAAAACAAAUUUUAUAUUCGAAUUAAUUUUCUAUCUUCAGACAAUUUCUCUUGCCUUGUCCUCUUCAAAAUUCUCCACUUUCAAUUCUCAAAUACAAUCAAAGAAAAAAAAAAUAUAAAUUAAGUGUUUAAUAUUUAAUAUAGGCAAUGAAUAUUAUUAAAGCAAAGCAACUGAAAUUACAAUAAUUCAAAGCAAAGAUACAAAAAAAAAAGAAACAAACGGGUAAAAUUAAAUUUUCUUAAAUAACACAAAAAAAAAACUCAAUACGCAAUAAAUAGUCAUAAUGUUCUUUUAGACAUGAUCAUGCAUAUAUACUGCCAUCUUUUCGAAAACCGAGGUACUAAAAUUAUAUUAAAUUUAAAAUAUUGAUUGGAAUAAUUGAAAAUUUUCAAUACUCUCGAGUAAAUACUUGAAUUACAUAUUUUAUGUCUUUGUAAACUGUCUUGUUACCUAAUCUAUAAAUUAUUAGUUGAAAUUUCCCCAAUCGCACAUAAAUAAAGA